GGAGGCUCGUGAGGCUCGUCGGGAAGGGGGCUGAAUCAACAUGGCGCCCUCGGCGGGAGAAGGGUGAAACCGCCACUGCCGGCUGCUUCCAUCCUCCCGCUCCAACAUGUUGGUUCACUUAUUUCGGGUUGGGACUCGGGGCUGCCCUGUCCGGGGAGCGCUGCUGCUGCCGCUCCGGCCCCGGACGUUUACGGCCGUCAGGCAUUUGGAUGGCCGCACUGGCUCCUACAUUCUCCGGGCUCUGGCCCGGCUCCGGCUGCGCCUACCCAGAAGCCCCCCAGCUAUCCGUCAAGGAUCUUCCCUCUGGGUUGGGGGGCUACUCUUGGGUCCUGUGAUAUUCAGCAAGGGCUGCCGCCUCUACCUUGUGGGACGGUGUGAAGUGGAGGAGCUACCCCUCGUGGAAGCCAGGCCCCUGUCGGAGGAGCCCACCUUCAAUUGGGCCCUCUUCUGGCGCUUUCUGCGGCCCCACCUGCUGGCCCUGGGGACAGCCAUUGUGCUAGCACUGGGGUCAGCCUUGGUGAACGUGCAUAUCCCCCUGCUCCUGGGCCAGCUUGUGGAGAUUGUGGGGAAAUACACCCAGGAUCAUUUUGGGAACUUCAUGAGUGAGUCCCGAGGCCUUGGUUUUCAUCUGCUCACUCUCUACGCUCUCCAGGGGCUGCUGACCUUUGGGUACCUGGUACUGUUGUCAAGGCUUGGGGAACGAAUAGCCAAAGAUAUUCGGCAAGAACUGUUUGGCUGCCUGCUUCGACAGGACAUCGCCUUCUUUGACACCAAAAAGACAGGGCAGCUGGUGGCUCGCCUAACAGCUGAUGUGCAGGAAUUCAAGUCGUCCUUCAAACUUAUCAUCUCCCAGGGCCUCCGCAGCUGUACCCAGCUGACAGGCUGCCUGGUGUCCCUGACUGUGUUGUCCCCACGCCUCACAGUUAUGUUGUUGCUGGUCACACCUGCACUGGUGGGAGCUGGCAGUCUGCUGGGCUCCCUCCUCCGCAAGCUUUCUCGAAGAGCCCAGGAGCAGAUCUCUAAGGCAACAGGUGUAGCAGAUGAGGCCUUGGGGAAUGUGCGGACUGUGAGAGCCUUUGCCAUGGAACCACGGGAAGAAGCGCAUUAUGAAACAGAGCUGGAGGAGUCACGCCGAUUGGCAGAGAAAUUGGGCAAAGGCAUCGCCGUCUUCCAGGGGCUCUCCAACAUUGCACUCAACUGCAUGGUUCUGGGCACACUGUUCAUAGGAGGCUCCCUGGUGGCAGGACAAGAGCUGUCAGGUGGGGACCUCAUGUCUUUCUUGGUGGCAUCACAGACUGUGCAGAGGUCCAUGGCCAACCUCUCUCUUCUGUUUGGUCAGGUGGUUCGAGGGCUUAGCGCUGGGGCCCGGGUCUUUGAGUAUAUGUCUCUGACCCCAAACAUUCCUCUGGUUGGGGGCUGCCACAUUCCACAGACUGAUCUCCAAGGCGCUGUCAGUUUUCACAAUGUCUCCUUCAGCUAUCCUUGCCGGCCAAGUUUCACAGUGCUCAAGAACUUCAGCCUGACAUUGCCUCCUGGAAAGAUAGUGGCCCUGGUGGGACAGUCUGGGGGAGGAAAGUCUACAGUGGCUUCCCUGCUCGAACGGUUCUAUGACCCCACUGAAGGAACGGUGUGCUUGGAUGGGCAGGACCUUCGAAGUCUAGACCCCUCUUGGCUCCGGGGUCAAGUCAUUGGCUUCAUAAGCCAGGAACCUGUCCUUUUUGGCACAACCAUCAUGGAGAACAUCCGCCUAGGGAAGCUAGAUGCCUCUGACGAAGAAGUCUACGCAGCUGCCCAGGAGGCUAAUGCCCAUAAUUUCAUUUGCAGUUUCCCCGAAGGCUAUAACACUAUUGUGGGCGAGCGAGGCGCAACCCUCUCAGGAGGCCAAAAGCAACGUUUGGCCAUUGCCCGGGCCCUCAUCAAACAGCCCAAGGUGCUCAUCCUGGAUGAGGCCACAAGUGCGCUGGAUGGAGAGUCUGAGCGAGUUGUGCAGGAGGCCCUGGACCGAGCCAGCACUGGCCGCACAGUGCUGGUCAUCGCCCACCGCCUCAGCACUGUCCGGGCCGCCCAUCAGAUUGUUGUGAUGGCCCAAGGCUGCAUCAAGGAGGUUGGAACCCACAUGGAGCUCAUGAGGAAAGGGGGGCUAUACGCCGAGCUCAUCAGGAGUCAGGCCUUAUUGCCUCCAGUAACACCCUGCUCAGGAUCAUACCCAGACGCUUCAUCCCAGUACUCUGAGGCUCAAAGAAGAAGCUACAAUGUCCGCCACCCCAGGCCCUGAAAGUUGGCCUUGUGGGGUCCAGCCAGCCCAGGGGCCUGAACACCCCCAAGGUCCCAGAGCUCAGAGCAGAGUUCAAAGCAGAGACUCAAGCCCCAGAAAAUGGCUGAUAGGAAAAGGGGACUGUCAGUGGGGCGGAGGGAGCGAAGGAUGCUACUGUAUAGCUGUACUCAAAAUAAACCCUGGGCUGAAGCCAGCUGGAGGGACGGAAAAGA